AUGGCGGCCCCCAUGGAUGAAAGUGGGAGUUGGUUCCCUGCAUUGGCGCUUGGAGUUUCUUUCUUAAAAUGUCUUUUGAUAAACGCAUAUCAUUCCACGGACUUCGAGGUGCAUAGAAACUGGCUCGCCAUCACACAUAGUUUACCAGUGUCCAAGUGGUAUUAUGAGAAUACCUCAGAGUGGACCCUUGACUACCCACCUCUCUUUGCCUGGUUUGAAUGUGGCCUGUCCCAUGUGGCACAGCACUUUGACAAGGAGAUGCUGGUGGUGCAGAACCUGGCCUAUGCUAGCUCUGCUACAGUCCUCUUCCAGAGACUCUCAGUCAUCGUAACCGACAUCGUCUUCAUCUACGCUGUCAGAGAGUGCUGCAGAACGGUCCGUCAGAACAGGAGCUCCAGGGAUGUUCUGGGGCAGCCCAGCUUCAUCCUGGCAGCUCUGCUGCUCUGGAACUUUGGCCUCCUUGUUGUCGAUCAUAUUCAUUUCCAGUACAAUGGUUUCUUGUUUGGUGUUCUGCUACUGUCCAUCGCAAGACAUUUACAGGCCAGACACUUGGAGGGAGCGCUGCUGUUUGCAGUCCUGUUGAACCUGAAACACAUCUACCUGUAUGUGGCUCCAGCGUAUGGCAUCUACCUGCUGAGGAGCUUCUGCUUCACCCAGGACAACACCGAUGGCUCGCUGAGGUGGAGCAGCUUCAGCCCCGUGCGUCUGGUGGCUCUGGGCAGCAUGGUGGUCUCUGUGUUCGCUCUGUCGUUCGGUCCUUUCAUAGCCAUGGGCCAGCUCCCCCAGGUCCUGUCUAGACUCUUCCCCUUCAAGAGAGGUCUCUGCCACGCCUACUGGGCCCCCAACAUCUGGGCCCUCUACAAUGGGCUGGACAAGGUUCUCUCUGUCCUGGGAGUGCGUUUCAAGCUGCUGGAUGUGAAGAAGCUUCCAGAAGCCUCGAUGACCGGCGGACUGGUGCAGGAGUUCCAGCACUCUGUCCUGCCCUCCAUCUCUCCCUCCAUCACCCUCAUCUGCACUCUGGCAUCCGUCCUGCCUGCGGUGGUGAGUAUCUGGCGUCGUCCGCGCGGAGCCCGUGGGUUCCUGCGCUGCCUGGUGGUGUGUGCCCUCAGCACCUUUAUGUUCGGCUGGCACGUCCACGAGAAGGCCAUCCUCAUCGCCAUCUUGCCCCUCAGCAUACUAGCGGUUGAGAGCAGAGAGGAUGCUAGGAUCUUCCUGAUGCUGGCCACCACAGGACACUACUCCCUGUUCCCUCUUCUCUUCACACCUGCAGAGCUGCCCGUCAAACUGCUGCUCAUGCUGCUGUUCACCCUCUACAGCUUCUCCUCCCUGAGGACGCUCUUCAGUGGCCAGGGCCCCCUUCUGCACCUUCUGGAAGCUUCCUACCUCCUGGGCCUUGUUGCUGUGGAGAUCAUCUGUGAGAUCCUCUACCAUCUUUUGCCGUGGCAGCAGACCCUGCCCUUUGUCCCCCUGCUGGUGACGUCGGUGUACUGCUCCGUUGGUGUGGCCUACUCCUUCCUCCUCCUCUACCUGUCCCUGCUGUGGCGUCCGGCAGACAAACACAAACGCCUGUGAGAGCCCGUCUCCUCCCAGCCGGCCAACCCUGACCUCCUGGCUCACGCUCUGGAGGGUUCCCUCGGCAACGACGUGUCGCUUCAACCAAUCCAGAACAGCGCUUAGCGACCGGUCUUAGGGGAAGGUGUUUUUGUGGGAACAGGUGUGCCUAGGCGGGUGUUGGACGACUCCCCUGUGAAGUGCUGAGUGUGUGUACAGUUAGAGUGUCUUUCCUCAGACGAGUCCACUGGUGAGGGGAUUUGUGGUGGUCUUUUUUGAGCGACAACUGCACAGGCGAUUUGUACGAUUAUGGACUAUGCAUUAUGGUAGUUGGUUUAACGCUCAGGUAAUCCAGGUGGGUUAAUGGGAUUAGAUCUGUACAGACCCGGCUCAGAGCUGCAGCAGGGAGCAAGCAGAUAUGAUUCCACUCAGCAGGAGCAGAGUUGGGGUAGUUCGAGGUAAAUCAUCACUGGAAUAGCUGAAGGAGAGCCAGAGGAGGGGUGGGUAAAAUAUGUAAAAAUUCUCUCCAACGAUGGACCAAAAGUAUAAACUUUUUAGGGACAGUAUGUGAAAUCAUCUUUAAACUCUGUUUUGUACCUUUUUGAAGUAAAACAUUUGUGUUGUGAA